AUGGAAGACAACACCUUUUUGUCUUUCAUCUUGAAUUUAAAACCAACAAUUUUUUAUGACAAUAAUUCAACAUCAUCCACGCCAAAUAAUAAUAAUCAUAAUAAAAGACAGCAACAGUUUGAUAAUUUAAAUCGUAUUGGUUACGAAAUUAAAGAAGAUAUUGGUAUUGGAGAUCAAGAUGUUAGUCAUGAUGAAUCAAAACUUGAAUGUCUUGACGAUCAUAACUAUAUUUCAACCAAUAAAGAAAAUCAAAUGAGAAAUCAUGAUCUUAUUCACGAAUUUAAUUUACUCGAUAAUGGAGAAGACGAACGUCAACAUCAGCAGUGUCUUAAAGAUAAUAAUGGCGAUGAUAGUAAUUCAAUGUAUUUGAAUACGACAACUGAUCAUGAUCAUAAAUAUGAUAUACAACAAACGGUACAACAACCAUCAUAUCAUCAGUCAGCGUUGCAGUCAUCAUUACUCACUCCAUCAUUGAAUUAUCGCAAAAGUCUUCCAAAUGAAGAUUAUCGAAUACUGGUUGAUUUGUUAACAUCUUCCGAUGCUCAAUUACCACAACGCUUUGGUUCAGCACUUGUUGAUCCACAUUCGAUUACCCCUUAUACGGAUGCAACCUGUACACGUUCAAAAAAACGUAUAAAUCGAAUUAAACGUCCAAUGAAUGCGUUUAUGGUAUUUUCACAAUUUGAACGUCGAAAAAUUGUACAAUUGGCACCGGAUAUGCAUAAUGCUGAUAUAAGUAAAUGUUUAGGUGCUCGUUGGAAAAAAUUAUCAUUGAUUGAACGUCAACCAUUUAUUGAUGAGUCAGAACGUUUAAAAGAAUUGCACGUAUUAGAAUAUCCAAAUUAUAAAUACUGUCCAAGAAAACGAAAAAACGGCGGUGACGGUCGAAAACUGAACAAUAAUCGAAAUAAUAAUAACCAUGUUUAUGUUCCAUUAACUCCACCACCAUCUAGUUCAUCGUCUGUUAUUUCAUCAACGUCACCUUCAACAUCAUCGUUUAUCGUUCCGAAAUGUGAACAACAACAAUCAACAGUUAUUCCUAAUACAAAUAUUGAUUUAACAACAUUAUCUUAUUUACGAUCAAUGGCUGAUCCAAAACUAGUUAAUAAUAUUUUAUUGGCAAAUUUGAAUUCGUUGAAUAAUGCUGUUGGUGCGCAUCAUCAACCAUUUCAACAACAUCAGCAAUCAUCGCAUUCAUUGUUUCUUCAACAUCAUCAAUCAGCUGCAAAUUUAUUAAUGAGAUGCGAUCCAUCUUUAUUAGCUGCCGCUAUUGAAAGUAUGAAUGGUUAA